UUGUGUUUCUUCUUCUUCUUCUUCUUCUUCUUCUUCUUGUUCUGCUCUGACCUGGUAGACGUCGCCAUGGACGCUCACAUGACUCCAGCCCCUGGGACCCUCCCUCUUUCUACCGAAGCUGUCACUAAGAUGAUGACAAGCGGCACCAACACUGAUGAUGGAGAUUGGGCAGCUUUAAUCGGAGGGAUCGUCGGCUCCGUGCUGUUGCUCCUCAUCUGCAUCAUAGCUGUGCUGCUGUGGUGUAUGUCCAGGCAAAAAGGCUCAUAUGUCACCAACGAGACGGACGGCAACGACGAGGUGGACGACGACGACAAUCGGUCCAUGGGCUCUGAUGCGGAGCUCCAAUGCAAAGAACCUCUGAAGACCAAAGAGGACGAAUAAAGACAGAAGCAAGGAAACUGUUACUGGAGUCGUCGAGGACUAAAAAGCUUUUGUGUUUGUGCGAAAUCAUUUUUCAAUAGUAGCUGAUUUCCUAAAGCACAACGCGAGUUUGCACGUUGCUGCCACCAAAUGGCUGCAAGACAAAACUGACAAGUGACUCUUCACUUGGCGGCCAUUUUAUUGCAGUGACGUUACUGGAUGAAGUUUGGGCGUCAGUUGAUGAAUGAAAGUCACAACAUGUUUCAAUGUGAUUUUAUUUCUAAUGUCAAUAUUUACUCUUGUUAAUGCGACGAUGUGUCCGGAGAAAUAUCUAAUUAGACAUAAAACCAUGCAGCUCAGUCUCCUGAAGAAGUGUUGGCGUUGUACGUUUCUGCCAACCAUGAAAACGUCACAAUUGCAAGUUUCGUAUGUACAGUGUCAUCGUUCCAAAGUCAAGUAUCUGGCUUUGUCAUCAGGAAGUGGAAACGGUGGAUGGUGUAUCACCUACAGGACAUGCUUACCAAGCUGCAGACCACUGUUCAAGACCACUGGCUGUUUGUCCAGCAGCUUUUCAGUUGCCAAACGUGGGUGUUUUGUGGCAACUUGUUGCUGUACAUGAAAAGUGGUUGUUUCCAGGGGGUAUAGUGUCUCAGAAAACGGGUAUAUGAAGCUAAAACACGACCAUUUUUAAACUCUUUCUAGCUGCCUUCUGUCUCUUUGUAUCUCUCUGAGUCGCUUUCUCUUCCUUUGAAGUCAUUUAGGCCUUGUUUACACGGAUACAAAUAAAAACAGAUUUUUAUUUAUCCCGUAUAAUGCAAAUUCCGGGUUCACACGAUCAGUUGUGAAAACGAUAUCUCUGUUCAAAAACGGCAGCGUUUUGCUGCAGUUAGCAUGCCAGGCCAGUAGGUGGCGAUACGACAUAUGUCAAACACCACAGAAGAACGUUCUGCGCAUGCACAGUGAUUUGUUUUCCUCUUGGCGCUAGUGAUAAAAACAACGAUAAACAACAUUUUAAUCUAAUGUAGCAUAGUUAGCCGCUAUGCACUUACUAAUAUCGGGCACAGCAGACGUCUUUGUGUGCCGAUGUAGCGGUAGUUCAUUUGUAAGCUUGUAAGUCGUUCCAAAAGUGCUAACAAAAACGUAAACAACACGGCAUAUAUCCGCCAUUGUUGUGAAAUGUCAUCGUUUUCCAAAAUCUCUGUCUAUCCUGUUUACACGUCUCCAUAGAAAUGGAUAUUUUUAAAAACUUUCAUUCUGGAAGCCAUUUUUGAAAAUCUCCGUUUUCAUCGAGAAAAACGCUGGUUACGUGUAAAUGACAGGUGCAAAAUACUCCGUUUUCAGAAAUAUAUGGAACCGUAUAAACAGGCCCUUUAUGUCUCUUUGUAGCUGCCUUCUGUCUCUUUGUAUCUCUUUGAGUCACUUUCUGUCUCUCCAAAGUCAUUUUGAAUCUCUUU